GGCAAUAAGUUGGCGCCAACUUUCGGCAGUCGAAUGCGUUUUGACAGCAGAUAAAAUAAAUAAAAUAACGUCGACAAUAAAGGAAAAUCAUUUUACAAACUAUAAUAUUCCAUUUUAGAGUGUGGCUAUCAGGGAGAGAUAUUUUUUUGACGUCACUUUUCUUCGUCACUGUCAUGAGUGAAUUUGAGAAAUCACUUUCGGCUAUUUGUGACAGCAUUGCAAAAACUGCAGCAUAUGCGAUUAGUUAUGCCGAUAAUGGUACUCAAGAACAAAUACUCAAUACUCUACGCGGUAGCGUUGAAAAAUACCUUGAAUGUGGGGAUAAAAUGAAAAACAUGAAUGAGCUUAUUAAUCAAUUAGCAUCUAAUAAUGCGGACACUAAUAUUGAACAGACUAUUCAGCAAUUCAAUGAUGGGGUUUUUUCAUAUGCGCCAAAUGUCGCAGCAAAUAAAUACUUGAGAGAGUACGACAAUCGUGUAAACGAAUUUAAAAAAAAUUUGGCUGGAGCAAGAGGUGAUGAGGAGGAUGAUGAUAAUGAUGGAGAAUUGCAAAUCACAGAGGACGAUCAUUCUAAUCGUAUUUGUCCAAUUAGUAAAGUAAAGAUGACUGAACCAAUGAAAAAUGAUAUUUGCGGACAUGUUUAUGAUAAAGCAAGUAUAAUUGCUUUAUUGCAGCGAAAUCCUGCUACAAGAUGCCCCAUUGUUGGAUGUAGCAACAAAGAGUAUUUGAAUAUGAACCAUCUUAAAUCUGAUAUUGUAAGACAAAUGUGUUUGGAUAACGAGCUUGAGUAAAAUUAAAUUUAUUUAUUUCCUUUAAGUAUAAUAAAACGAAAGUAUUUUUUUAUUAUUAAAUAGAUUACAAUUUCAAAAAUUUUAAUUUACCAAAGUAUGUCAUAAGUUCAUUUUAUAAAAUAAUAAGUAAUCAAAAAAUAUUCUUUACAAUAAUUUCUAGUUAAAAAAAAGAUUGGGAAUUUUGUAAAAAUCUUUUUUUAUAAAAUCAUUAUAUUACUAAUUACUAUUCCUAGUUUUAUAUCUGUAACUG